CUUCUCUUUUCCUUCCGUGUAUCUUUUUUCUAUAUCGAUAUUACUUAUCAGUAAUAUGACGAUACGCAUUGUUCCUCUCGGUGCUGGACAAGAUGUUGGACGAAGUUGCAUUCUCGUUACUAUUGGCACCAAGAAUAUUAUGUUUGACUGCGGCUUUCAUAUGGGUUAUAACGACGCACGAAGAUUCCCAGAUUUUACUUACAUCUCCAAGCAAGGCAACUUUACGGAUAUUAUCGAUUGCGUGAUCAUUAGUCACUUUCAUCUUGAUCAUUGUGGGGCAUUACCUUAUUUUACUGAAAUGCUUGGUUACGAUGGACCUAUCUAUAUGACUCAUCCUACUAAAGCUAUCUGUCCAUUAUUACUGGAAGACUACCGUAAGAUCAGUGUGGAUCGCAAAGGGGAAACCAAUUUUUUUACGUCUGAUAUGAUCAAGAAAUGCAUGAAGAAAGUGAUCCCUAUUCAGUUACACCAAACAAUCUACGUGGAUGAUGAAUUGGAAAUCAAGGCAUACUACGCAGGUCAUGUACUAGGAGCAGCAAUGAUUUAUGCCAAAGUGGGACAGGAAUCGGUUGUGUAUACGGGGGACUACAAUAUGACACCAGAUCGACAUUUGGGUUCAGCAUGGAUCGACAAACUUCGGCCUGAUGUCCUCAUUACUGAAAGCACUUACGGUACAACUAUCCGAGAUUCUAAACGCUCAAGAGAACGCGACUUUUUGAAAAAAGUUCAUGAUUGUGUGGCAGAUGGUGGGAAAGUUGUAAUUCCAUGUUUUGCUCUGGGUCGUGCUCAAGAACUCUGUAUUCUGAUUGAAUCGUAUUGGGAACGUAUGGAUCUCAAGGUACCUGUUUACUUCUCUACUGGCUUAACUGAACGCGCAAAUGAAUACUAUAAACUCUUUAUUCACUGGACAAAUCAAAAGAUCAAAUCUACUUUUGUUCAACGGAAUAUGUUUGACUUUAAACAUAUCCAACCUUGGAAUCGAAAAUACAUGGAUCAUCCUGGGCCUAUGGUGGUAUUUGCAACUCCUGGUAUGUUACAUCAAGGCACUUCAUUGGAAAUCUUCAAGAAAUUUGCUCCAGACCCCAAAAAUAUGGUGAUCAUGCCUGGCUAUUGUGUUGCUGGAACAGUUGGUGCCAAGGUGCUCUCUGGACAAAAAGUGGUGGACGUGGAUGCUUUUACCAAGAUCACAGUCAACUUACAAGUACGAAAUCUCUCAUUUAGUGCUCAUGCUGACGCCAAAGGGAUCAUGCAACUUAUUCGACAUUCGGAACCUCGUCAUGUGGUUCUAGUUCAUGGUGAGAGAGGUCAAAUGGAUUUUUUGAAAAGCAAGAUCAUGAAAGAAUUUGGUAUUCCUUGUCUCAAUCCUGCUAAUGGAGUUAGCAUCAAUAUCGAAACAUCAAUGGAUAUACCUGGAAGAAUCAGUAUGGAUCUUUUAAAAACACAUUGGCGACAACAGCAAUAUCGACAACAUCAUAGUAUUGUUGAACAACAAAUUAAGAAUCACAGUUCUCAAAGCUCAAUACUCUCAAUGCAGCAACAACAAGCACUUCAACCUCCUUCGACAAUCCCUAUCAAUGGAGUUCUGCUUAUGACUUAUAAAGGAGAUAUGCCAACUAGUAUCGAUAUUGUAUCCAAAGAUAGAUGGAAAAAACAAAUGGAUUCAGCAUGUACAUUACCUUCACCCUCUUCUGAUUAUAUUCCAUCAUCGAGACCUAUGGUAUUUCAAGUAGAAAAAGAAUAUGAUCCUGAUAGGUUUGUUACUUUGGUUACUUCACAAGAACAAUAUCAAGCGGAAGAAUUGGAUCAAAUCAUUCGACGACACGUUUUGGAUUCGAUUUAUAUUGGAAUAUCUCAAAUGCUUGGAAACACAAAUUCUCUCGUAGUUGAAAAAACGGAUGGUGAUAUUCAGAUCAAAAGUGUUUUAUUGUCAUGCAACACCAACAAACUAUCAUCAAAAAAAAAUGUAUUGAUAAUACAAUGGGAUUAUGUGGAUGAAGAUCUUGCAAGUUAUAUCCUAGGUGCUGUGAAUUUAGUAUUAUAUGAUCAGAAAAGGAUAGCAACUAUGACAACAGUCUGAUUUAAUUAUACUUUUUAUUAUAUAUUAUAUAUGUAUUAAAAACGUUUGAUACCUCAUUUGUUUUAUAUUGUCUCCCAAAAUGGUUAAAAAUGUCGAAUAAAGAAGUUCAGGGCUGUGAUUGAAAAUAGGGUAAAGCAUC